CUAUAGCUAGAUCUGCACUGCAAAUUCUGUAAAGCGCUAGGCAGCACAAGCCCAUUUGGACAAUUGCGUAAGAAGUGCACCGAGACUUGCAACCGUCUUUUUUGCCAACGCAUCCGCAUUUACCGACAAAUUUGACAUCAUACAAGCUAGGCAGUCAUGAUAGGCUUCCUAUUGGGUACUGCGGCAAUCUGUGCCCCUCCGCACAUCGGCGUGCCAUUGGGCUUGACGAUUGCGGGCGUAAAAGCUAUCGCGGGUCGCAGGCGCAAUGCCCGUCAGGCAAAGCUGCAUUCGUCGGACUCAGAGCAGAAGCUGGAAGCCAAGUUCGAGAAAGUCCUAGCGAGCGAGGUGGUUGAGCCGGUGGAGCUCUCAUGGACCGGCCUGAACCAAACCCUGAAGCUCAAGGACGGAAGCACCAAGCAGAUCCUCAAGGGCGUGUCCGGCGUGGCUCGCCCCGGCCGGCUGGUGGGCCUGAUGGGUCCCAGCGGCAGUGGCAAGACUAGCCUGCUGACAGCCCUAGCCGGCCGCGUGCCUGCUGGAUCCAAGAUGAGUUUGACCGGCAGCCUGCUGGUCAAUGGCAUGCCGGCUGACGAGGCGGGCCACCGCCAGGCGUUUGUGCAGCAGGAGGAUCUGUUCUAUUCCAUGCUCAGCGUCAAGGAGACGCUCCAGAUGGCUGCUGAUCUGCGGCUGCCGCAGCAGAUGAGCGCCGAGGCGCGGGAGGCCUACGUCAACCAACUGGUGGGCGUGCUGGGCCUCGCAAAGGCCAUCGACACCUGUGUGGGGGACGAGAAGACCCGCGGCCUGAGCGGAGGCGAAAAGAAGCGCCUGUCCAUCGGCUGUGAGCUGGUGGGCUCGCCCUCGCUCAUCUUCUGCGACGAGCCCACCACCGGGCUGGACAGCUUCCAGGCGGAGAAGGUGAUGUCCACGCUCAAGGGCCUGGCAGCCAGCGGCCACACAGUGGUGGCCUCCAUCCACCAGCCCCGCUCCUCCAUCUUCGCCAUGUUCGACGACCUGGUGCUGCUGUCAGAGGGCCAGCCCGUGUACAGCGGGCCAGCCGACCAGGCUCUGGCGCACUUCGAGGCUCUGGGCCACGUGUGCCCCGAGCACUUCAACCCGGCAGAGUUCCUCGCGGACCUCAUCUCACUGGACUUCGCCUCCCCCGAGGCUGAGGCAGACAGCAGGGCGCGGCUGGACAAGCUGGUGUCGGCCUGGCGGGCCAAGGAGGCCGCCGCCGCCGCCAAGGCCGCCGCCGCCAAGAAGGCCGCCAGCAGCAAGGACAUGAUGCGCCGCACCGCCAGCACGGACCUGGUCAUGCGGCGGGCGGCGGAGCUGCCGCGCGCGGGGCCGCUGCGGCAGCUGCGGCUGCUGCUGGUGCGCUCCUGGCGCCAGGUGGUUCGUGACAAGGCCACCAACGUGGCCCGCGCCAUGUCAAACCUGUCCUCCGCCGUGGUGUUCGGAGCCAUCUUCUUCCGCAUGCGCCGCGGCCAGAGCAACAUCCAGGACCGCAUGGGCCUGCUGCAGGUGGCGUCCAUCAACACAGCCAUGGCCAGCCUGGUCAAGACGCUCAACAUCUUCCCGCGCGAGCGGACCAUCGUGGCGCGCGAGCGGGCCCGCGGCUCCUACAGCAUCCUGUCCUACCUGUCUGCCAAGCUGGCGGCGGAGCUGCCCGUGGGCGCGCUGUUCCCGCUGCUGUUCGGUGCGAUUGUGUACCCGGUGUGCGGCCUGCACCCCAGCCUGCCGCGCUUCGCCAAGUUCCUGGGCAUCCUCACGCUCGAGUCCUUCACUAGCCAGGCUCUGGGUCUGGCGGUGGGCAGUGUGGCGCCCAGCACGGAGGCCGCCAUGGCCAUCGGGCCCGCGGUGAUGCUGGUGUGGAUCGUGUUCGGAGGCUACUACGUCAACGCGGACAACGUGCCCGCGCUGUUCAAGUGGCUGCCGCGCGCCUCGCUGAUCAAGCAGGCCUUCGAGGCGCUGUGCGUCAACGAGUUCCCCGGCCUCCAGUUCGACGCGGACGCCAAUGGCGGCGGCAUGCGCACCGGCGAGCAGGUGCUGACGUGGCUGUCGUUCGACAAGUCCACCAUCCCCGCCCGCGCCGCCAGCCAGGCCCGUAUCCUGCUGUUCUACUACUGGGCCACCUUCUGCAUCCUGCGCGCCUCCUCGCCGCGCUACCAGUCGGUGCGCCCUGGCACGUCCGCCCCCGCCGUGGAGGGGGCCGCCGCGCCCGCCGCCGCGCCCUCUGCCGCGCCCGCGCCCUCGCAGGCGGAUGGCGCCGCCGCCGCCGCCGCCAAGGCCAAUCAGACCAAGGACGCGACGCCGGCGCCGGCAGUCAAGUCCGCCGCGGCGUGAGGGGCUUAGCGCGGCUGCCUGGUACGACCGGCCCGGAGUGUGAAGUAGCUUGGUGGCUAAAUAAUCCAGGGCAGCUACGUACCGUAGCAGGAGGUGUGCGGGACGAGGGAGUGGAUGUAGCGGGUCAGUCCUUGCCAUGUUGUUGAUUCACGCGGAGGUCCGAUUGAGCUUGGUGUGCACUCUGUGUGGGCAGGCUGUCAUGCGAGGGUGGCGGGGCGUUGAUUUUGGUCGGGGGGCAAACAUUCCGCCCAUUGAAACAGCGACACGGGCAGCACGUGGCCACGGUACGGGCGUACGGUUAACUUGACGUGCUGACCGGUGCUGACUUCCUAAGCAUAUGGCUCCUAAUCCGUUGGCAAGCAUGCGCAGUUGUUUACAUACAAGUUGUGUACGUGCGUCCUCUGCGUUCCACGAAUGCUUUACAAUGGGUUUGCAGGGUUUGCCCACCCUCGCCGCGGACUGUCAGUCUGUCACAUUUCAGCCAACCGGGGACAUCCAAGGACCAAGGCUCUCUCGCGCUCACCUCCCUGCUCACCGCGUUCCAACACAAAGCAUCAAUGCGUUUGGUGUACGCCUAUUACCGGAAUGGUGUACGAGGGCUAGCACUGAAGAGAUCGCAAAGGAGGCGCGUGCAGAUGUGCAUGACUGACGCAGGCCAUGCCGAACUUAUGAAUGCGGAUGUAACAGAGGGGACAG